UGAGGCACCGCCUGCUAAAAAUACCCGGCUGGACACCCAUAAAAGCACCGCCGGGGCUCCGGCUCGGCACCUCUCGGAUCCUCAGCCCAGAGCUUCUUGGUCCUCAGCCCUGCCCAGCACAGCCAAGAACAUGACCGAGCGCCGCGUUCCCUUCUCGCUGCUGCGGAGCCCCAGCUGGGAUCCAUUCCGGGACUGGUACCCGGCCCACAGCCGCCUCUUCGAUCAAGCCUUCGGGGUGCCGCGGCUGCCCGAUGAGUGGGCGCAGUGGUUCGGCUCCGCGGGGUGGCCCGGCUACGUGCGCCCGCUGCCCGCCGCGGCCGCCGAGGGCCCCGCGGUGGCCCUGGCCGCGCCCGCCUUCAGCCGCGCGCUCACCCGGCAGCUCAGCAGCGGCGUCUCGGAGAUCCGGCAGACGGCCGACCGCUGGCGCGUGUCCCUGGACGUCAACCACUUCGCUCCCGAGGAGCUCACGGUCAAGACCAAGGAAGGCGUGGUGGAGAUCACUGGCAAGCACGAAGAAAGGCAGGACGAACAUGGCUACAUUUCUCGGUGCUUCACUCGGAAAUACACGCUGCCUCCUGGUGUGGACCCCACCCUGGUGUCCUCUUCCCUGUCCCCUGAGGGCACACUCACCGUGGAAGCUCCUUUGCCCAAAGCUGCUACGCAAUCAGCGGAGAUUACCAUUCCGGUCACUUUCGAGGCGCGCGCCCAAAUUGGGGGCUCCGAAGCUGGGAAGGAACAGUCUGGAGCCAAGUAGAAGCCAUCCGCUUGCUGCCCACCCCCGAUAGCCAUCACCCGCCACCCUUUCUGUCAGUCUGUACGCUCUUUUGAUACAUGUACUCUCUGUUUUUUUUUUUUUUCUCAAAUAAAAGUUGGAAGCCCC